AUGGCUACAGGAGGAGGAAAAGAAGCAACAGCACAACGUGUAUUACGCUUUGCUGAUGUCGUAGAGGAACCAUUGGAAUUCCUUUCGCCCAUUGGUGGUUAUGAGAAGGUAGAACUUGUUCCACUUGAAAAGGCUGUCGAACCAUUAGUUCCUCUUCUACCAACUGUUCAAAGUCACGCCUAUGUGGCCAAACAAAGAUGCAAAAAACCAGCUGAUAAACUAACACAAGAUGAAUCCGCAUCAAUUAUGCUUUACACGAUGUCAUGGGAACCACUUGACGAGUGCCUCUACGUUGUCUUAAACAAUACCUUACGUGCACCCGAUCGACAACAAAAACUCAAACCAUGGUAUCUAUUUUUAAGACUUUUCCUAAAUGCACUUUUUCGUCUUCCACUGCUUCCCACAAUGGCAUACAGAGGUGUUAAGCUAGAUUUGAGCAAGCGCUACAUCGAAGGAGAAACUAUCGUUUGGUGGGGUUUCUCGUCGUGCACAACAUCGGUUGGUGUUCUUAAAUCAGAUAUUUUUUUGGGAAAGACAGGCACCAGAACGAUGUUUACCUUACAAUGUCAAUCAGCUAGAGACAUUCGUAAGCAUUCGUUUUAUCCAACUGAAGACGAAGUACUUCUUAUGGCUGCAACACAAUUCGAAGUAGUCAGUUGUCUUGAUCAAGACAGUCUUCACAUUAUUCAAUUGAAAGAAACGAAUCCACCAUUUCCGUUAUUACAACCAGUACCAAUUGUGAUUCCAUCAUCGAUUAAUCCAAUUCCCUCUGGUAAGUGAGAACAUAGCAAAGACAUAUUUCACUUGAUGAGUAACACUGCUACUUUCUGUACUACGGAGGAAACAAACAAUUAAAGUAGUGGCCAAAAAUAUAAGAACAGAUCAUUUUUUGCAUUUUCAUUUUAUAUGUCUUUACUUUUUUUCGAUUGAUAAAAGUUUAUCUGUAUAAAUAUAUGCAUUCAGCUGCGCUCUAUACGAAACUGAAGUCAGAUUUUCUCGUUUCUUCUGUCAGACCCAAGAAAAAGUAUUUUUAUGAAACAAUCAUAGUUUUUUUCUCAACGUAAAAGCACUAGUCUGGCUCAGAUUUCUUCGCUACUAAAACUACAAUUUAGAUGGGACCCAUUUUUUCCACAGUUCCACGUGAUAGAAGACACAUUUUGCUACAAAAUAAAGCAUUUUCGAAGUCUGACCAGCAUUCUUCUGAUGAGAAAACGACGUUUUAAUAAAAUACAACGAUUUUUGUAUCAUAUUUAGCUUGAAAUUGACGAUUUUUAGGAUUUUAAACUUAAAAAUGUCGUUUGCUUGCUA